AUGCUCAUCGAGUACAACCUGAAAAACAAACGGGGCAAGGUCUACCGGUGCUACACAAAGAUGCAUGGAGCGUGCCACUACGAAAUCCGUCUCGUCGUCAAGAAGGUCGCCAAGACGACCGUCGGCGUCGAGGUUCUCGAGCUAAACCGACACAACGAGCCUCAUGUCGAUGCCAUGGACGUACCGUACCGCGGUAACCGUCGAGAAGGAAGCGCUGCAACGACCGCUCGUCGUGCCUCCAAGCGCCGUCGCGCGAACGACGAUGAUUCCGACGGCGACGGCGACGGCGACGACACCUCGUAUGGUAUCGAGCCGACGCUGCGCGACCGUAUCGACACCUCUUCCACCACGUCGUUAGGGGCAAAGUCGAUCCUCUCACGGCUUCGCUCGGAGUUUCUUGAGGACGAGUACCUGUCCAGCAAGAUGCCGUCGUACGACCAAGUCGCCAAUCGGCGUGCUUACAGCAAGCGUCGAAAGAAGGGUCCGAUGGAUGAAGAGCCCUGCUUGGUGUGAGGGAAAUCACAAUAUAUAU